GGGCGAUUUGAAAUGGAAACGGCAUCCAGUCUCUGCAGUCAGAUUGGCUGAAUUCCGACCCUCAGGCGCCACUUUCCAUAUUUGGUCACAGGUAAUAUUCCCAACCCCACCGCCGGACGGAUAGAGGGAAAACAGCCAAUCGGAGCGCAGGGACCCGAUAAUGGACAUCUCCUUUACCACCAAUGAGACGAUGCGGGGCGGCCCUCCGUCGAUUCUUUUAAAAGACGGUCUCGGCUUCAUCUCCGACGCUCCUAUUUGGGACUGCUAGCAGUUUCUCAAACACAAUGGCCCGGACAAAGCAGACGGCGCGCAAGUCAACUGGAGGGAAAGCUCCUCGCAAGCAGCUGGCCACCAAAGCGGCGCGGAAAAGCGCUCCAGCCACGGGCGGAGUGAAGAAGCCUCAUCGCUACCGGCCCGGCACCGUGGCUCUGAGGGAGAUCCGGCGCUACCAGAAAUCCACCGAGCUGCUCAUCCGCAAACUGCCCUUCCAGCGCCUGGUGCGGGAGAUCGCUCAGGACUUCAAGACCGACCUGCGCUUCCAGAGCUCGGCCGUCAUGGCCCUGCAGGAGGCCAGUGAAGCUUACCUGGUGGGGCUCUUUGAGGACACCAACCUGUGCGCCAUCCACGCCAAACGAGUCACCAUCAUGCCCAAAGACAUCCAGCUGGCCCGGCGUAUCCGCGGGGAGCGCGCCUAAACCCGACCUCGGCACAAACAACAACAAAACGGCUCUUUUAAGAGUCACUAACUAGGCAGAUAAAGGGCUGUCUCAUUCUGUUUAAUUUCAUACCCCUCGGUUGUUUGUGUUUAACGAGAGAUCCCUGAAUUGCUCACAAAACCCGAGAAUUGGCCAUUCUGGGCUGUUAUAUUAACCUCUCCGUUAGGGCAUCUGUGUCCCACAUCCUGCCUUACAGCUGGCUGCUGUGGGUGUGUUUUCCAGGUAAUUGUGGUUACUGUUAAGGAAAUCGGAUUUUCAUAAAUCCAAGCAACACACAAAGAUGCUGGAGGAACUCAGCAGGCCAGGAGCAUCUAUGGGAGAGUUCUGAUGGAAGGUUUCGGCCCGAAAUGUCGACUAUUCAUUCCUUUCUAUAGAUGCUGCCUAGCCUGCUGAGUUCCUUCAAUAUUUUGUGUCUGAUGAUUUCAUAAAUGCGGUCUUCCAUUUAGUAACCAGUCGAAUCCAUGGUAGGUUCACGGAGACGCAACAGUUUGCAGAUGCUGGUAAUACAUCCUUUCACAGAUUAACUUUUUUUCUCUCUCCUUACAAUUUCGCUUUAGACCGCAGUUUAAAAAGAGGGAAUAGUGCAUAGCCUGAUUAAGUUUACACAAAUCAGUCGCGAAUACAGCCUCAGUUGCUUUUGGAAGUGUAAAUGACCAGGAUGAUUUUGAAUCUUGGAUUGUGAUCUAAAAAAAAACCUGGCCUGUUACUGUAAAAUAAAUCUUGAGCAAUUUAAUGAGUUACCGUAUGUCUUCACUGACUACGGAAGACUAACUUUUUCGGCGGGCUUUUCAAAUUUUAGGUCAUCCGGGGAACUAACUGACAGUUACUUCCCGCGCUUUUCUUGCUGCCCUCUGUUCAUUGGUGAAUAAGGUAGCUCUCUCAUGGGGUUAUUGUGUUCAGCACAAGAGUUGGAAUUUAAUCUCCAGACAUUAUAACCGUUAAUAAUGUGGCAGCCGCACUUUUCACGACCCGAUGCCGCCGAGUCUGUGUUGCUCGUAUUUCCAGCAUCCGCAGAUUUUCUCUGGUCUGUGUUCUCAACGGUUUCAGUCCUGUAGCGUAAUUGGCAUAAACAGUUACUUCGUCAACCCGUUUGUUUUAAAUUUAAUCGCAGAUUUGGGAAAUAAAGAGUUAACAUUUCAGGUCAGUGACAUCGGAUCUGCUCUUUCUGUGAGGCGGUGGGAGGCUCGGGUCUGAGAGGAGUCUUUGAUUUGUGCUCGGGGAAAAAAGGAGUUCCUCAGCCGCCGAGGCCAUUUGAGAGUGCGGCUCCGGAGUUUCAGAUCGGACACUACAUCCAUGGCAGUGACCGUCUGGCGCUUGGCGUAUUCGGUGUAAGCGACCGCGUACCGAAUCCCAUUCUCCAGGAAAUCCUUCGGCACCCCGCUACUCUCCGGCCAGAUCCACGCCGAGCAUGACGGCCACUGAUGGGUUUGGUG